AAGGCCAUCAGUAGAUAAUGAGUCAGACAUCAGUUUGUUGGUUGAAGAAGAUGAUGUUUAUUCUGUUACACCUGAAAUCGAUGGUACAUUUUAUUUUUAUAUACGUCACUCUGACGCUCCUCCUUCUUCCGUGAAGCCGUCGAAGUGAAGCGAGUCCUCGGUUCAACCGCUGUCGUCUUGACUAGAAAUUCGUAGUUUGCCUUAAUUUAAGUUAAAGUUUCCUCUAACCCUGAAGGAGCUCUACAGAGUUUAUUCUUAAAGUUUAACUCUGUUUCUGCUGAUUUUUUUUUUUUAACUCAGCGUUAAACUGAUCUCUUUUGGUCUGAGCUGAAGGAGGAAAUGGCUGCUUCUCUAACUGAGUCACUCCUGUUGUCUCUGCUGGUUUCCAGCUUCAGUGUUUCUGCUGAUCAGAGAAUCAUCACAGCAGAACCAGGAGACAACGUCAUUCUGACAUGUAGAGCAGCUGAGAACAAAGAUGUUAUAGCUGUAGAGUGGAGGAGAACUGAUCUGAAGUCAGAUCAGUUUGUUCUUCUGUACAGAGACAGUCGGUUUGAUUCAGAAGAUCAGUCUCCAUCCUUUAUUAACCGGGUGUCUCUGCUGGACGUGGAGAAUGGAGACGUGUCUUUGGUUCUGAAGAACGUGAAGACUGAUGAUACAGGAACAUAUGAGUGUCGAGUCGUUCAUGGAGGAAAUAAUCGCAGGAAGAGAUCUCUACUGGACACUGAUCCCCUCUGCAUCAUUGACCUGAGAGUUGAACCAGGUCAGAGAAUCAUCACAGCAGAACCAGGAGACAACGUCAUUCUGACAUGUAGAGCAGCUGAGAACAAAGAUGUUAUAGUUGUAGAGUGGAUCAGAACUGAUCUGGAGUCAGAUCAGCAUGUUCUUCUGUACAAGGACAAUCAGUCUGAUCCAGUGAAUCAGUCUCCAUCCUUUAUUAACCGGGUGGAUCUGCUGGACGUGAAGAAUGGAGACGUGUCUUUGGUUCUGAAGAACGUGACGACUGAUGAUACAGGAACAUAUGAGUGUCGAGUCGUUCAGGAAGGAAAUAAUCGCAGGAAGAGAUCUCAUUUGGGUGGUGACCCCAUCAGGUCAAUUAACCUGAGAGUUGAAGCAGGAAACAAGGAGGGACAAAGGAAGGCUGGAGAGAGCAAGACUGGACUGAUAGCUGGUCCCUUGGUUUGUGCUGGGUUGGUGGUUCUUGCUGCUGCUGUUGCUGCUGUAGUUGUCUUCAUCCGUAGAAGGCAGAGAAAUUCUUCAUCAAGAUCAGAACCACCUCCGGCACCAGAAGCUGUACCCCUGCAAGUUAACCCUAACCCUCCCCCUAACCCUCCCCAUAAUCAUCCCUACCAACCAUAGAGAUGCUUUGGUUUCACUUGUUGGUUUUCUGCUCUAUAAACAUCCCCGAUGUUUGCAUCAGGGACAGAAACUGUCUCCUGCCGCAGGACUAGAACUUGUUCCUAUGAAUCCUGAAAACCGUCCUCCAGCUGAAGAGUGAACAUCAAGGCAUCAUUUCCACCUGGAAGAAACCUGCAGCUCUGUGACAGAAUAUAAAGAGACGAUAAAGACUCACCUGCUUCUCUUCUGCAGGGAUAAAGGACGGAUUGAUACUUGGUCUCUCAGUUUUCUUCUUCUUGUUUAUGUGCAUCAAAGGAUGCAGAUAAAUUCUUCACUAAGACCUGACCCACCUAAUUCAUUACAUAUUACAAAGGGACUGAUAUCAGACCUUUUAGACUUGGUGCAAAGGCAGAAAUGCUUUAAGCUUCUCAGAAAGUGUGUUUGAUCUGUGCAGUCAACUGACUAUAUUAUAUCUGUUAUGUCUGUGCACAUCUUGAGUUCAGGAUGUGUACAUAUAUGCAAAAAUGUCACCAUGACAAUAAAUAUUCAGAAAUAUUCUGACAUAUUUCUGAAUAUAUUCUUCACAAACACCUGACCCACCUACAGGGACCGAAACUGAACACAAGCAAAUUACAGCAGUACCGUAACAGUUUAAUCAUCCCUUCACGACUUUCAGAUGCUUUCAGCAGAACGGUUGGAUAAAUAACAGUUUUUGUAGGAAUGGAAAACAUGUGUUUGUCAGUAUUUAUUUUAUUAGUUUUUGUGUAGUUUAUUCACUCUUUUUCAUUCCCUGCUGCAGAAACAGAAUCUCUCUAAUGACACAAAUGAAAAGCAUUUAAAAAGUUUGGACAGAUCACUACAACAUUUUGCUCUGUGGGAUUAAAAUGUGAGAUUUUAUGCUUUUUCAAAGCUAUUUUGUUCAACUUUGAUAUUUCUGUUUAUUUUUAUAAAUCAAAAAAUGAAUCUAAUGUGUGUUUAAUAAGGAUUUGAAGUAUUUUA